UGAUCCUGCUGCUAUUUCCAGGACUCCCGCCAAACCGUGCCUCCCGCAUUGCCUUGUUUAGAGCUGCGGUCCUUUGUUCCCCCAUAUAUCUCUGGCAUCUCCUGCAUCUAUCUUUAUCUUAUCUAGGUUUUUCGGUCUCAUUCCCUAGGAAGACAUCCAGCGCCAUCUUGGCGUGACCAGUCGUUUCUUUCACAACCAUGUCCGGUCUGAACCGGGUAUUUAGUUACAGCGAGGGCGAUGACGGGUCGGUACUCGCAGAUUCGCGGCAAGGUCCACCGCCAGAAGAGGGGCGUCUCAUGGAUAGCAGGGACUACAGCGACACGGACGUAAACCGGACCGCCGCCUUGAACCAAAGAUACAGCCAGUCGUACCAUGACGGGGUCCUGGAGACGGUGCCGGAAGGUCGGAGCUUGGAGCACACGCGCACUCAAUUCACCGCAACGCCAGGGAUGGACAAUAUGGGGCCGUCGACCGUGGGGGGAGGCAUCAGUGGUAUCGCCCUUGGCGUUGCCAAUACCCAUGACCGCCAGAGUGGAGUUGACGCUUUCAGGGAAACAGCCGGGCCAUUGUACAAUAUCCCCGCAGAACGAGACUAUCACACCACCGGCGCCGAGAACCCCUACGUCCCUGCACCACCGCCCCAUGCCAAGGGAACCGUCUACGCCAGCUCGGAAACCCCGCGGCCGCGUGACUCCUAUGGCUCGAAUGUCGCCCUGGGCGCCGCCGGUGCCGCCGUCGGGCAGUCAACCCCGGGGACCACUCCGUCCCAAAACAGUUUCCAGGAUAGUCCCUAUCAAGGCGUGGGCGCAUUCAGUGAGGGACCGUACCAACGACAGUCGGUGUAUUCGACGCAAAAUUACCCGCUCACGUUUAAUCCCGAUGAGAUCGCGGACGAUGGGGACGAUGGGUUUGUCAAUGUUGCGCCGAAGGGAGUACCGCCGUCGAGUGAUCACAGCUUUAACGGAGCAGCAGGGGCUUCUGCUGUCGGUGGUGCCGCUGCAGGUGGGGUCAUCGGUGGUUUACGGGGGUUGUUUGGGGGGAACAAAAAAGCUAGUCCAGCGUAUGGACCGGUCCCUGGCCCAGGUUUGGAAGCAGCCGAAAAGGGACAGAGAGCCGGCUCGAUAGCAGGAGCGAGCCGACGCAAGCGCGCAUGGAUUGUGGGACUCGUUCUCGCGUUCAUCAUUGUGGGUGCCAUUGUCGGGGGAGCGGUUGGCGGCACACUGGGCCAUCGCGAUAGCGAGACUUCGGCUUCGGCUUCUGCUGACGGCUCAGGCAGUUCCUCGGACGAUUCGUCGGACUCGCCUGAUGGUCUCCUUAACAAGGAUUCUUCGGAGAUCAAGGCUCUAAUGAAUAACAAAAAUUUGCACAAGGUCUUUCCGGGAAUGGAUUAUACGCCAUGGGGAGUGCAGUACCCGCUCUGCUUGAAGUACCCUCCUUCCCAGAACAAUGUCACACGUGAUCUCGCAGUACUCUCGCAAUUGACCAACACGAUCCGAUUAUAUGGCACAGAUUGCAACCAGACGGAAAUGGUCCUGACUGCUAUCGACCGCCUGGAGUUAACCAACAUGAAGCUUUGGCUGGGAGUGUGGAUCGACAGCAACCAAACAACCAGCGAGCGCCAAGUCAAUCGGCUGUACGACAUCAUCGACAACUCAAACAACACGUCUAUUUUCAAAGGCGCUAUCAUCGGUAACGAGGCUCUCUAUCGAGCAGGUCCGGACAUUGCCACUGCCCAGAAGACAUUAAUCAGCUACAUGACCGACGUUAAGGACCACUUCAAGCAACAUAGUAUCGAUCUGCCGGUGGGAACGUCGGACCUAGGCGACAACUGGAACACGGAGUUGGUCGACGCCGCGGAUUUCGUCAUGUCCAACAUCCAUCCGUUCUUCGGUGGUGUCCAGAUCUCCGAGGCCGCCAGCUGGACGUGGAGUUUCUGGCAAAACCACGAUGCUCCGCUGACGGCAGGCACCAACAAGCAACAGAUCAUAUCUGAGGUGGGUUGGCCUAGUGGCGGAGGAAAUGAUUGUGGAGAUGGCGACAACUGUCAGAGCGACACGCAGGGUGCGGUAGCAGGCAUCGACGAGAUGAAUCAGUUCUUGGCGGACUGGGUAUGUCAGGCUCUGGCGAAUGGGACUGAGUAUUUCUGGUUCGAGGCCUUCGAUGAGCCUUGGAAGGUUCAGUACAACACGCCAGGCGAAGAGUGGGAGGACAAAUGGGGGCUCAUGGAUUCGGCUCGCAAGUUGAAACCGGGCCUGGAAAUUCCCGACUGUGGCGGCAAAACCGCUGCAUAAGAGCCACGCCCUUCACCUUUUACUGUCUAGUAAGUCCUGACAAGCGUCACGGACUUUUCGAUGUAUACAUGAAUCUCCGACAUACACCUUGUUUGACGAUACACGGAU